UCAUUCAACAAGAUUGUGUUGGGUUAUCAUCAACAUUGAAGCAGGAUCACAACACACCUGUCCUCCAUCAACAAUGGACACAAGGAUAAUUGUCCUGAUAUUCCUAGCAUUAACACAAGCAUGUGGACGAUCAGGAAGAACCAAGAAGACUGAGACUCGCUACGACCCCACAUGGGAGUCCCUAGACUCCAGGCCAUUACCCACCUGGUAUGAUGAAGCUAAAGUGGGAAUCUUUGUGUCCUGGGGACUGUUUUCAGUACCAAGUUUUGGAAACGAGUGGUUUUGGGAAUACUGGCAAGGGCAAAAAAAUCCAAAGUAUGUGCAGUACAUGCAGGACAACUAUAGACCAGACUUCACCUAUGCUGACUUCGCUCGUGACUUCACAACAGAGUUUUAUGAUGCCGAAGCUUGGGCUGAAUUGUUUGCUGCUUCUGGGGCUAAAUACAUUGUAUUUAUAACAAAACAUCAUGGAGGGUUUUGCAACUGGCCGACUAAUGUCAGUUUUAACUGGAACUCAAUGAUGGUUGGCCCAAAGAGAGAUCUUGUUGGUGAGAUAACUCAAGCACUGAAAUCAAAGACGGAUCUUCACCUUGGCCUGUACCAUUCCAUGUUUGAGUGGUUCAACCCUCUCUAUCUACAGGACAAGGCCAACAACUACACCACCACCAGGUUUGCUCAGGAAAAGGCUAUUCCUGAGCUGUACGAGCUUGUGAACAACUACAAACCCGACAUUGUGUGGUCUGAUGGAGACUGGGAGGCCCCAGACACCUACUGGGGAUCCAAGGAGUUUCUGGCCUGGCUCUACAAUGACAGCCCAGUGAAGGAUAAGGUUGUCACCAAUGACCGAUGGGGAAAAGGGGAUGUCUGUCAUCAUGGGGGGUUCUUGACAUGCUCAGACAGGUACAAUCCAGGAGUACUUCAGCCAAGAAAGUGGGAGAAUGCAAUGACAAUUGACAAGGGAUCGUGGGGAUUCCGUCGCGAGGCUGUCUUGGAUGAUUAUCUGACCAUGGACAAGAUUAUAGCACUGCUGGUUGAGACUGUCAGCUGUGGAGGGAACCUGCUGAUCAAUGUGGGGCCAACCAAAUAUGGCAUGAUUAGUCCCAUCUAUGAGGAGAGACUGCGUCAGAUGGGACAAUGGCUGAAGGUGAAUGGGGAUGCCAUCUAUGCCUCCAAACCUUGGCUGGCCCAGAAUGACACAGUCACAUCAGGAGUGUGGUACACACAGAGAGCUGGGAUCGUGUACGCCAUUGUGCUGAACUGGCCACAACCAGGACAGCUCCACCUUGGGUCAGCUUUGCCAACUAAUGGAACACAAGUCAGCCUCCUUGGGUACACUGGAAGCUUCUCCUGGCAGCAUGCGUCACCCAAAGGAAUCAGUAUCACAAUCCCUCCCAUCCCUGUCAACAAGAUGCCAUGUCAGUGGGGAUGGGUCUUCGCACUGACAUAAAUGGUUGACAACCAGACAAGUCUAUGGAAGAACAUAAACAUAUAUGGUUGACUUGGGAGAAUGGGAUGGGCAUUUACAAUGAUAUAAUUGGUUGACAAAUAAUGGGAUGAACCUUCAGAAUGGGAUGGGUUUACAUAGACAUGUUAUUUAAGUUACAUUUUCUGUGUAACAAAUGAAAGUUGUUCUGAUGAAAUGAAUGCUACCUUGACUGCAUACAUGUAAACAUUAUGAGCACUAUUUCUUGUUUGUUUGUUUCUUUGUUCAACAUAAUACACAUAUUAAAUCUUUAGAAACCUAAAAUGAUAAUAGGAUGAGUCUUUGCAUGACUCAAAUGGUUGAUAAUUGGAUGGGCCUUCACAAUAAAAAAAUUGGUUGACAAUGGGAUAAUCCAUCUCAAUGACAGAAAUGGUUUAUAAUGGGAAGGGCUUUCAAAAUGACAUACAUAAAUUGUUGAUCAUGGGAUGAGCCUUCAUAAUUACAUAAAUAGUAGACAGUGGAAUGGGCUUUCACAAAGAGAUAAGUGGUUAACAAUGGGAUUGGCCUUCACAAUGACAUGAAUGGUUGACAGUUGGAUGGACCUUCACAAUGACAUCAAUGAUUGGCAAUUGGAUGGACCUUCACAAUGACAUCCAUGAUUAGCAACUGGGUGGGCCUUCAUGGUGAUAUAUAAAUGGUUGACAAUUAAUGAGAUUUACCUUAACAAUCAAUGGUUGACACUGGGAUGGUUAUUAAACUUACAUUUUUGUAUUACACAUGAAAGUUGUUUUGACAAUAAAAUAAAUGCUACCUUGACUGCAUAUAUAGACACAUUA